AUGACGACAGGCGUACAGAGGGAAUAUGUCCUAGUUCACGAGAUACCGCUAACUGUCUGGAUCUUCACGUCCAUACUUCUGGCAUUGACUACAGCGAUCGUCGACAAAUUUAAAUCGCCAUUAGCCAAAAUACCAGGGCCCUUUCUUACCAAGUUUACGGUCCUCCCCAUCGUAUACCACGACCACAUUGGCAACAGAACCAAAUGGACCGAAGAGCUCCAUCGAAAAUAUGGCCCUGUAGUGCGGCUGUCGCCCAAGGAAGUUUCCGUAUCCUCAGCAGCGUCGAUUCGAGAUGUCUUCACGGGUUCUGCAAAAGCUGGAUACUAUCCGAAAGCGCCCAUCUUCAACAUCUUCCAACACUACGGCGCUCGAAAUGCCUUCUCUAGCAUUGAUUCGGACAACCACUCUUGGCGGCGGAAGAUUGUCGCGGGCAACUAUGCUCAAACGGCAAUUGUGGCGAAGGAAGCCAAACAUGGGACGUUGUGGAAGACUGUUGGAAGUUUCGUGAAAAUGGUUGAACGCGAGGGUGUCAAUCCAGAUGAAGGUCCGGCAAAAUCGAUGGACUUCCUCAGUGCUUGUCGUUUCUAUGCGGCUGACAACAUCACAUCCCAUCUAUUCGUCGAGGGAAGCCAUGCUCUCGAUGGCGACAAGGAGAUCCGCCGUAUCAUUGAGGACUCGGCGGAAGGUCCAAGCGAUGUCAUGUCGUACUUCAAGAUGGAGUUUGAGACGCUCCACUCUAUCAUCAAGCAGACCAAGGUAUUGAUCUUGAGAGUUCUGGGCUUGGAGCAGAAGUCUACUGGAAGGUCGAGACCUGCAACGGCGUCUGGAAAAAAGGUCAGUCUCGAGCAGAGUAAGUGGUACGGUGGUACGCCUAUACGACACUGGGGCUGGAAGCGCUUCCUCAGGACUCGAGAUGCGCUGGUAGAGGCUCAAAUCGACACCUCGUUGGAGUCGCCUGUUGGUGCUAAACUCGCUGCUAAUGCCCUGGAAGGCGAAAGGUCCAACCUGAUCCCUGGUGCGCCUGUUCAAGACGCGGGCAUUCGACAGCUUAAAUCACCAAAGUUGGAUGGCAGCAUGCUUCGCUUCUAUCGAAACGAAGGCUGUGCCAGCGAAUGCAUGGAUCAGUUCCUCGCAGGCCUUGACACUGUGGGAGACACUUUGGCUUACGUGCUCCAAACACUGUCCAUGCCAGAACAUCGUCAGAGUCAACAAGCACUCAUCCAGGAGUGCUCAUCUCUAGGUCUGCCACGGGAGUAUCACGAACCACUUUCAUCAAAAAAAUUGGCAGACGUUCAAGCAGCGCCGUACGUGGAGGCGGUUCUCAAAGAGACCCUUCGAGCAUUUCCCGCGUCUACGACUGCCUUUCAGAGAGUUGUACCUACUGGAGGUAGAACUCUAGAAGGGCACUUUGUAUCUGGUGAUACCAUCAUCGGAGGGAUCCCAACCACGAUCAAUCGCGAUGUCAGUAUCUUCGACAAGUUUUGCACGUUCGACGUGGAGCAGUGGCUACCGCAGAGAUGGCUCGAUGCCGAUGCUGACACACUCGCUGAGAUGAACAGACGUCUUUGGACGUUUGGUAGCGGCGGGAGAGGAUGCAUAGGAAGGCAUCUUGCCAUUCUGGAGAUGAAGCUCUUGAUUGUUGGCAUCUAUUCUCGCUACUCGACUGUCAUUGACGACGAAACGCCAGUCCAAGUUUCGAAGAAGUAG